GGAUGCAAUGACAAGAAGACAGGCCCAAAAGGAAACCGAAGCCAAUGUGGCCCAAUGGAGCCAAGAUUCCCCAAGUGAGGACCUUAUCGCGAGUCAGAAGGGGGAUCCAGUUAUCGGCAUGUUUUACAAACACAUUGAAGAUCCACAGAAUUGUCCCAUCACUAUGGAAGACUGUGCAGGCAAAGAAGAGUUACGAAUUUUGAUGAAGGGUAAGUCCCAAUUCUCGUUACAGGAUGGAUUGUUGGUAAGAACCUCAAAGAAUGGUAUCUCACAAUGGGUAGUACCCACAGCAUACCGAGGUUUGAUGUUACAACACGCCCAUGACGCCCCAACGGCUGGUCAUCGAGGUGAGAAGUUAACGUAUGAAUUAUUACGGGAUUACGCUUAUUGGCCUCAUAUGUUGCAAGACGUUCGCACAUAUUGUCAAGGAUGUUUAAUAUGCCCUCAAUUCCAGCCGCAAGCACCCACUCAUCGGGCACCGCUGAUGAAAAGGGGGAUGUCCAUGCCAUGGUCAGAUAUCCAGAUUGACUUUAUUGGACCAGUAACAACUUCAUCAAAAGGCAACAGAUAUAUGUUAACCGUGACCUGUCUAUUCACAAAAUGGGUAGAAUGUUUGCCUUGCAAGACUUGCAGUUCAAGUGUGUGUGCGUCUCUACUCAUUAACCACGUGUUUUCCAGGUUCGGUCUUCCCCAACGCAUCGAGUCCGAUCGCGGAAGUCAUUUCACUAGUGAGGUGAUGACAAAAACGUGGGAGAUACUGGGAGUAAAAAGGAAGCUACAUAUAGCUUACCGGCCAGCCUCUAGUGGUGGAGUGGAACGCUACAACCAAACAAUUGUCAACAUUCUAAAGAAAUUUGUUAAUGAAUCCGGUAAGGACUGGGAUGUAAAGUUGCCUCUGGUUCUCAUGGCCAUAAGAGCCACUCCAAGCACAGCAACCAAACUUUCUCCCUUCGAAAUGAUCACAGGAAGGAAGAUGGUGUUACCCCAGCAUUUACUCUACCGGACAACAGACCAAAAUUUGAUAAAUGCUUCAACAGCCCAUCAGUACAUAGAGAAUCUACGUAAGCACCUUCAACAUGCUUUUGCAUUUGCCCAGAAGAAUCUGGAGAAAGCAGCAGUAAGCGCCAAAACCUACUAUGAUCUGAAGACUACUCAAAAGGAGUACCAAAUUUCCGAUCAGGUUUAUCUCUAUAACUUCGCCCGGGAUCAGGUGAAGGAAAGGAAGUUCCUGCCUUCCUGGAAGGGACCCUAUGUCGUCACUGACAAAUUGUCACCUGUGGUCUACAAGAUCAAAAUUCCAAAGGGGGAUGAAUUUAUAGAGAAAUGGGUGCACAUUAAUCAAUUACGUGUUUGUCAUCCUAGGUCACAACUUCGCCAAAUGGAAGGAUUGCCGGAUGAUGAAGAGUAAAGAGAUAACAAGGUUCCAGCUAAAGACGGAAACCCAGGAUUGGUAUAGUGCAAAAUGGCACAGAGGGUUGUUGCCGUUAUCUACAUCGUCCUGAUCUUGGGGAAGGAGUUCCAGGCCGAGCCGAUUGCUGUACCAGGCCCUUCAUCUGGGAUCAUGCUACAGGAUACCACGGGAUUCAUCUUGACGAAUAAGAGGAUUCUAUCCCAAAAGAUCUACGUCAGUUUGGACCCACGUGUCUUCGUCGAGAGACAGUUCAACAUUUCUGAGAUUUCGUCUCCGGAGAUAAAGAUUUGGUAUCAAAUGCACAUCGGCUAUUCCCAAGAAAGAGUUACACAGAUCCUGGAACAGACAAGGAAAACCAUGACCAGAGAACAGUUUUCAACAAGUCGACGACCAAAGCGGUUCAUUUCUGCAAUUACAGCCGCCAUAAUCUUUGCCGUAGUGGGCACUGUCAUUGCCACCGGUGUAUCAGCUGUUAAUUCCAUCUCUAUUAAGACAUUGGAACUUGAGAUCGGUUCACUGAAAAGGAACCUAAUGAGUAUUCAUGCAGAGAUGGAGAACCAGAAAAAACAUUUAUCGGACUUAUAUUCCGUUGUAGAGGAUACUGUCGUCACCACCGACUUUCACUCAAAGUUAUUGACUCAUUCAAUGAAUCUUCAUGAGAGUCACGAACAGUUUAAACAAGAACUAAUGUCUCUAAAGACUCUGAAUGAAGACCCCAUUGUGACAUUCCAAUGUAACCCAACAUCUCUAUUGGAUUACAUUGUAAUGAAGGGGGAUUUUGUUGUGCUUUUUCAUAAGUUUAAACAGUUAUAUUUACUUAUUUUAGUUAUAAUGGGUAUUCAUUGCCUUUAAGAGCAAUGUUGAUUUAUAUUCACUGUUUUGUAUGAAGUUUCAUGUAGG